AACACCAUGGCCGACUUUCUCCCCGUCAUCCUCUGUGGUAAGUCUGAGGAGAUAGGAGAGACAAUUAUUACAAACAUCAAGCCGGAGUUUGAAGUGAUCUACUUCGUCAUGAAAUUUGAAUCGGGCGCAUUUCAAAUUCCAGCGCUUCUGCAAGGUGAGGAGGAUGUUACGUUCGAUAGCGAGCUGGGUUCGAAGGACCACUCGCGCGGCGUUGCAGCUAUUGUUUUGGGUGGUGGUUAUGAAGGUGCAGGAAUUCAGUUGAUGCGUGAGGCGGCGAAGGGUAUCAAGCCAGUGCCUUGGCUACGACCGGAUAUGUCAAAGCCAGCUCCCCCUCUUGGACCUGAGUAUAGGAAGGCGAUGGUGGAAAGGAUUAAGGUGACCGCUAAGGAGUUGCAGGAGAAGGGGACAAUGAGUGAGGAUGAGGUCAUGUACUAUUGAGUUAGGCAGCUCUGAAUGAUACAUAGAAGAACUGUUGUUGUGUGAGGG